AUGAAGUUCAGUCUCCAAAUCAAGCUGAACGCCUUCGCAGAAUGGUCCGAUCAUUACAUGAACUACUCAAACUUGAAGAGGCUGAUAUAUCGAAUUGAAAAGUCAUUGAUGAGCAAUGUGGCUCUACCUGCCACUUCUCACGAUCAAGCCGUCGUCGAAAUAGAAGGGGAAGACGAAAUCAAUGAAGCUGCUCCUCUCUUGACUCCAAUCAACCCAGCUGAUGCUGAUGCGCUGUUUACGCAGGCUUUGGACAAGGAGCUCAAUAGAGUCGUCACCUUUUAUCGUGAAAAGGAAGAAGAACUGUUUGAUGACGUCCAUCAAUUUGAAGUCGACAUGUCGUAUCUCGAUGCUGGACAGUACAUGAGACGACGAUCUGUGCCGGAUCUGAUGCAAAGUGGAUUAUUGCGUGAUCUAGAACAGGAAGAACGACGUGCCAAUUCUGAUGGUGAAGAGACCAGUCCAUCUCAUCCACCACAUGCACUAUCACUCCCUAUGCCAGCUAUUGGUCCUGACUCUGGAUCAAGUACACCCCCUAUUAUAUCAGGCUCUCCACGAACAAGUGGUGGUGGUCGACAACCUAGAUAUAGAGCCAAGUCUGAAUCUUUUGCAGAAUGGACAGAUCCAGUGCCUCCCACUUCUGAAACUCGACUCAAUCAAACACCACCGCGUGCCGGUCCUGCAUCAGCAGAUACAUAUACGUCAACUAUCUGGGACGCUAGGAAUUAUAAAGGUCAUCGCCAGCGCUUUCGACGACGAGCUAUAUCACUAUACGUAUCUUUGAAGGAGCUCGAAAAGUAUUCCGAGCUCAAUCACACUGGGUUUCAAAAGAUAUUGAAGAAAUUCGACAAGGUCACUGGCCGAAAACUGCUGAACGUGUAUACCUUCAACAAACUCUCUAGGGCAUAUCCAUUCUUGGCUGAUACUAUAACAGGUCUGUCUCGAGAAAUCAGUAGAGUCAUCACCCAUUACGCUCGCAUCUCCACCAGAAAUAGGCCAGGAGAUGCCAAGCGUGAAUUGGAUCUCAACUUGCGAGAACAUCUAGUCUGGGAACGUAACACAGUUUGGCGAGAUCUCGUGGCUAUUGAACGAGGAAGAGGAAAUGUGGCAUUAAAGGCUUUGAGAUCGAAAGAAGACAAACCUGCUCUACCGUACGCAAUCAAAGUUUGUGGUAGGAGUGUCUUCAUUGUCUAUGUCCCACAAGACGUUAUUUUACCAGUGAUAAAGAUGUUGGUCUGCCUGGCCAUAUUGCCAGCUAUCUUGUAUUCUCCUAUUGGUCUGCAAGUCGAAGCUCAAAGUUGUUUGGCAAUUCUCAGUUUUGCUUCUGCACUUUGGGCAACUGAGACACUACCAUUAUUUGUCACAUCACUUUGUAUACCCUUCCUCGUAGUAACGAUGAGAGUACUCAGAGCACCAGUUGCUGGUGGGCAGUUUGUACGUCUCACGCCAAAGGAAGCUACAGCUCGUAUCUUUGCAGACAUGUUCUCACCUGUAAUCAUGUUAUUACUUGGAGGAUUUGCUCUAGCGUCUGCGCUCUCAAAGCAUCAUAUUGCACAAUGGUUGGCUCAAAUAGUACUCAGUCGAGCUGGCUCAAGUCCUCGUUAUGUAAUACUUGCCAAUAUGCUGGUCAGUACCUUAUUUAGUAUGUUUAUAUCCAAUGUGGCUGCUCCUGUCUUGUGUUUUAGUCUCAUUGCCCCAAUAUUACGAAAUCUGCCAUCAAAAUCACCAUAUGCCAAAUCCUUGGUGCUAGGUAUAGCUCUAGCUGCCAACGUUGGUGGUAUGGCAUCACCGAUAUCAUCACCUCAAAAUAUUAUCGCCGUCAACAACAUGAAUCCACCACCAACUUGGUUGGAAUGGCUGUCUAUAUCACUGCCUCUAUGUUUAGUAUGUGAUUUUGCCAUCUGGAUAUUGUUAUUGGUCGCUUAUGAGCCUGGUCGAAGCACAGGAGAACACGCACCUGCCCCACCAUCAUUGUAUAGUACUCAUACCCCCAUGAAAUGGACAGGGACCCAAAUGUAUGUAGUGUUUGUCCUUAUCCUUACUAUAUGCUUGUGGUGUGGUGAACGAGUCAUAGAACCGUAUGUGGGUGAUAUGGGGAUAUUGGCCAUAGUGCCUCUGGUCGCCUUCUUUGGUACAGGCGUCUUGUCCAAGGACGACUUCAACUCGUUUUUAUGGAAUGUAGUUAUAUUGGCUAUGGGUGGUAUUGCUUUAGGCAAAGCCGUGGACUCGUCUGGUCUUUUGGCAGAGUUGACGAAACAACUCUUGCCCCAUCUUGAAGGAAUGAGUGUGUUCCAAGUAGUGGCUACUGUUGGGUGUGUAGUCCUGGUGAUUACUAGCUUUGUAAAUCAUACUGUAGGAGCUCUCAUUAUCUUGCCUGUGGUCGCUCAAUUGGGCACUGCAUUACCUGAACCUGCUCCUCGAACACUUGUUAUGUGUACUGCAUUGGCAUGCUCUGCUGCUAUGGGAUUACACGUAUCGUCCUUCCCAAAUAUGAACGCGAUAAGUGUUGAAGAUCCUACUGGAGAAACAUGGUUGACUGUAAGCGAUUUUAUCACACGUGGCAUUCCAGCGAGUGUGGUAGCAUUUGUUGGAAUACUCUCGAUUGCGUUUGGCAUCAUGAACUUAAUGCAUCUUGAUGGUGUAAAAUAG